AAAGCGGAAGUGACGUUCUGUUGGCGGAAACGCGGUUUGCUUACCUAUUGAAAAAAUGGCUGCGUCCCGUUUGGCAGGUUUUUGCCAAGGGGUUUCAGCCGCCCUGAAGGCUUCCAGAGUGUUAAUUAAUUCUCAGGCCCCUACUAGUCCAGGUUGCAGGUUUGCGGUUGGCUUGUUGCCUGGGAAUCUACCGAAUGUCACAGCUUUUCACCAGUGUAGAUCACUUCAUACCACAUUGUCGAGAAAAGGACUAGAAGAAUUUUUUGAUGACCCAAAGAAUUGGGGGGAAGAGAAAGUAAAAUCUGGAGCUUCGUGGACAUGUCAGCAGUUAAGGAACAAAAGCAAUGAAGAUUUACAUAAACUUUGGUAUGUCCUACUGAAAGAGAGGAACAUGCUCCUGACUCUGGAGCAGGAGGCCAAGCGGCAGAGAUUGCCAAUGCCUAGUCCAGAGAGGUUAGAAAAGGUAGUAGAUUCCAUGGAUGCAUUAGAUAAAGUUGUCCAGGAAAGAGAAGAUGCCCUAAGGCUUCUUCAGACUGGUCAAGAAAAAGCUAGACCUGGUGCUUGGAGAAGAGACAUCUUUGGAAGAAUCAUCUGGCACAAGUUCAAGCAGUGGCCUAUACCUUGGUACCUGAAUAAACGAUACAAUAGGAAACGCUUCUUCGCCAUGCCCUAUGUGGAGCGUUUCGUCAGACUGAGAUUUGAGAAAUAUGCCCGCACUGAAUCAAGAAAGAAAAGUUUAAAGAAAAAGAAAGAAAAAAUUCUUCAGGAAAAGUUUCCACAUCUUUCUGAAGCCCAGAAGUCAAGUCUUGCCUAAGAUGUCCAAACUCUUAACCAUUUUUUUUUUACCUUG